CAUAGGCCCAUUACGUUAGUAAUACCCUUCAUACCCGAAUCAAUAUUCUCAUUAGGGUUUGGUAUAUAUACACCUCACAUAUCCACGAAGGUAGACUAUUGUUAGGGUAUUGCCGCCAAGGAUUAUUGCAGUGCUUCUGAGACUCGGCUCCGAAGGUAAGUAAUGGCACCUCCUCAGCCCAAAUCAGGGCUUUUCGUUGGAUUAAACAAAGGUCAUAUUGUUACUACAAAGGAAUUGGCUCCUCGCCCAUCUGCCCGAAAAGGGAAAACCAGCAAGAGGGUUCUGUUUGUGAGGAGCUUGAUCAGGGAAGUUGCAGGAUUUGCUCCUUAUGAGAAGAGGAUCACUGAGCUUCUGAAAGUUGGGAAGGACAAACGUGCACUUAAGGUUGCCAAGAGAAAGUUGGGUACCCACAAGAGAGCUAAGAAGAAGAGAGAGGAGAUGUCUAACGUUCUCCGCAAGAUGAGGUCUGCUGGAGUGUCCGAGAAGAAGAAAUGAUGAGUUACACAAUCAUGCUGAUCUCAUGCAAUAGUUUUUGUCUCUUAGGAAGAUCUAUCCUGUCAACGCAGUUAUGCGAUGAUUUUUGUCGAUGAAUUCUAGUGUUUCUGUUAUAACUGGUGUACUGUUUCAGAAUCAUUAUGUUCUCUUAUUUACUUCAGUUUUGUUUCCGACUUAUCUUGUGAAAGUGCUUUAGAAUAUAUAUUCAACUGAUCAACAUCUGUUAUCAA